AUGCUGUACGAUCUGUCAGAGCCAGGAGAUCUUGCCUCGCUUCCUCUACCUGCUGCUGGUGGAUGCCUGCACGUUCAGUCAUUUGACUGUGACAGUGUCCGCAUCAUCCGCUUCAUGAAGAGAGGAGGUAUGGCUGGGGAGGAGGAGCAGCAGCAGCAUCAGAGGGAUGGUGAGGUGGCCGCACCUGCUGGCUCGACUUUUGAGCGGCAGCAGAGCGCCAAUGCCGUGAACAAGGGCUCGAGAAUGGAGAUCAGUUUGGACCUCAUGAGUGUGGGGCUGUCAAUCAUUGACCAGCGACCUCAGGAGUUGCUGUAUGCGUUCUCAGAAGGUUUCCUGCUGAACUACCGCUACGAUGGGCAAGAUGACUCAAGCAGGUUGAAGCUGAUUCUGAAGAGUCUACGCAUUGAUAACCAGCUGCCUCUGUCUCCCUUGCCAGUGCUACUGUUCUUGGAGCAGAAAGGCAUGCCUGAAAAGGACUACGUUUUCAAGUUCCUUGUCUCAUCUCGUGGCAGCAUGAAGCAAGACGAAGUCUGCUAUCCAAAACUCACGCUCUGGGUGUGUCAUGCCAUUGCUAUAGUCGUAUUUCCAUUCGUUCAUUUCCUCUUUCCAUGCUGUUUGUCAAGCAUGCUCUGUUCCUUGAAUACGUUGCUCUUUAUCAUUGCUUGCCUGCAUUCGUCUGCAUGUCCGCAGCUGGCACAGGAGCCGUGGCAAGUGAAUGUACAUGAGGCCAUUGUGUGGCGGCUGUGGGAGCUUAUGGAGAGCAUUUGCUGGGAGCACUUCUUUGCACCGGAGUCUGCUGGUGCUGACGGAGGGGCAGUGGCUGCUGUCCAGUUCGACCCAAUGAUUCGCAUAGACCACCUAGUCGUCUCGGGUGCUCACCUCAAGCUCACGCUUGAAGCUGCCCCGACAUCCCGGCCUGCACAGCUCCUUGGCUCAUGGAGUAGUCUUGUCACUGCAGCAGGGAACACCAAGCGCAUGCCAGUCCGGCUGUCAGGGGCAACAGCCGAGUCAGGGCGACUGCGCAGGAGCAUCUUCAUGGAGGCAGUGGUGCGGCAUGUGCUGCGGGAUCUCUUACACCAGUCACUGCGCCUGCUGUCCGGUGUAGACGCUCUUGGCAACCAGCUGGACAACGUUGGAGAGGGCCUUCUUUAUGGCGCCGAAGCAAUGGCGAAAGGAGUGGCCUUAGGGGUGGCUAAUGUCCUCGUCCGGUCUCGCUCUGGCUAUGAGACCCACGGGCCACCAGGACUGCUCCUUGGGCUCAGCAAGGGCUUGGCAGGGCUUGUGGUGCAUCCAGUGACGGGCUGUCUGCACUCUCUGGCGUUCCUUGUCGCUGGCGUGGAUGCGUCUACUGCUUCUUGCGCUCGCAUGGUGCAGCGCAAGCCGCAGCUGCAGCGGCUGCGUCUGCCCAGGGCGAUCUCUGCUGAUGGGGUUGUUCAGGAAUACAGCAAGGACAGCGCAGUUGGCCAGAUGGUGUUGUUCCUAGCUGAAGCGGGCUCAUACUUCGGCAAACAUGACAUAUUCAGGGACCACUCCAAGUUCGCCCUAUCAGAUGCCUACGUGAAUCACAUUCUUCUGCCCAACUGCCGCAUCCUACUAAUCACCAGCCGCAGAGUCAUGAUGCUCAAGUGCCCUGUGGAUCCAGCUGGCCAACCUGACUCACUGGCACUGGUGCAAGGUCCAUCCCUUGUGCGUUGGGAUGUUCCAUGGGACAACUUGCUUGCAUUGGAGACCAAGUCCAUUCCUAGCUUCCCUCGGCCAGUGGUCUGUGUGCACAUACGAGAACCUACACCUCAACGCCUCUACACCAUCAUCCGCUGUCCUGAGUCACAUCCUGCUGAGCACGUCCUGGCUGACAUUGCGUCAGCAUUUGAGACCUAUGGUCCCAAGCCUGUCAAUAUCGAAGCAGCGCAGGUAUUUUCUUCUUCAACGUGA